AUGGCGGAAGAAGAAAGCCAGCUAGAAGAAUUUGAACAAAUAGACUUUUUAAGAGACCGGCAUAUACGUUUUUUUCAGAGGUCGCUUCAGGUAUUACCCGAGAGAUACUCCUCCCUGGAAACAACCAGGUUGACUAUCGUGUUCUUUGCGUUGUCUGGUCUUGACGUGUUGGAUGCCUUGGAUGUCAUUGAUAAGAACAACAUGAUUGAAUGGAUCUACUCCCUGCAAGUCCUGCCUACAGAGGACCAAUCAAAUCUAAGUCGUUGUGGCUUUCGGGGAUCAUCGCACAUUGGACUUCCUUACAUGUCUAAGGGCCCAGGGAUACCACAUCCGUAUGACAGUGGUCACAUAGCAAUGACAUAUACUGGGCUAGCCUCUUUACUAAUACUGGGCGAUGACCUGAGCCGGGUCCACAAACGGGCCUUGCUGGCAGGUCUCAAGGCACUACAGUUGGAGGAUGGCAGUUUCUAUGCAGUUCCUGAGGGCAGUGAAAAUGACAUGCGGUUUAUCUAUUGUGCUGCCUGUAUCUGCUACAUGCUGGAUGACUGGUCGGGCAUGGACAUCAGGAAGGCCAUAGAGUACAUCAGGAAAAGUAUGUCAUAUGACAACGGGAUUGGCCAGGGAGCCGGGCUAGAGUCACAUGGUGGCUCAACAUUUUGCGCCAUAGCCUCUCUGCGUCUGAUGAAUCAUCUGGAAGAGACGCUAUCUCAGCGUGAACUGGACAGGAUACGGCGCUGGUGUAUCAUGAGGCAGCAGAACGGCUUUCAGGGUCGGCCCAACAAACCUGUAGACACAUGCUACUCUUUCUGGGUUGGAGCAACGCUUGAGCUCUUGGAUGUGUUUCAGUAUACUAACUAUGAGAAGAACAGGAACUACAUUUUGUCAACACAGGAUCGAUUGGUGGGAGGCUUUGCCAAGUGGCCGGACAGCCAUCCAGAUCCCCUCCAUGCUUACUUUGGGCUGUGUAGUCUAUCUUUGCUUGGCGAGCCAAGUCUGAGGAAGGUCCACCCUGCACUUAACGUCACCCAAAGAGCCUUUCAGUACCUUCAACAGCUGCAUCAGACGUGGAGGGACACUGCAGGCACCUGUACUUGACAGCGCUGGCAGUAGGAUGACCUAAAGUCAUACAUCUAAUUAGGAUUUUGGCCAUCAAAAAUGUUGUUAAAGCUUUCACAAAAAGAAAGACAAGAUUUAAAAGAAGUUAGAGACUUGGUUUGUCUUGGUUAAAUAAGAAGAGAGUUCCAUUGUGUGGCAGCUCUAACAUCAAAA